CAGUCGAAGACGGUGGUAGUAAUGUUUUGGUCUCUACGCGACGGGGUACCAUUAUUUACGUGUGCCGUCUCGUUAUAUCGCGAUAAUAAUCGAGAACCCUUUAAAUCAUUAUCGAGUUUGAACUAUUAAUCAGACAAACCUCGAUAAACGAUUUUAUUCACAAUUUAUGUAUAUAUAUAUAAAUAUUAUUUUACCCCCACCCUUCCACCCAACGCCACCGCCGCCAUCAAUUUUGAUCGUUCAACUUUUUGGGAUGUUCUUUUAACCAAAGAAAAAAAACAAAGAUCCAGAGGAGAAUUUAUUAUAACGUUGACGAAGUAAACGAGGAAAAAGAAAAAAAAAAAGAAAAACAAUUAUUGCUGGACUGAUAAUUCGUUGUUUUGAAAAGAAUGAAAAAAUAAAUAACAUCGAUCUAAUAUUCGUUAGAUCGUUAGACGCCAUAUUUUUUAUUCUUUUUCUCUAUUUUUUUUCUUUUUCUUAUUUCGCCGAUGAACCUCGCGAUUCCACGCUUUUCUUUCAAGAACGGAGCGCUUCCUGAUGUUUGCCGUAAUUGUUCGACGGUGGAUGGGGUCGUCACGGCCGUAAACCCGAUCACCUGGAACGAAAUUCGUAGCCGACCGAGAAUGUCCUCUAAGAGGAAAUCGCCACCAACGAAGCUAUCGGAGGGCGGGGGCGGUGCGGGUACAGUUUCGAGCGGAGGCAACGAGGAGGAGGAGGACACGAGCUCUUCGGUGGUGACUGCUGCUGCCGUUGGAGGAGGUGGAGGAGGUGGAGGAGGAGGUGGUGGUGGUUGUAGUAGCAAUAGUAGUAAUAGUAGUGCAGCCACCACUGCUACCAUUAUUCCUGGUGGUGGUGGUGGCAGUAACGGAGAAGAGAACGCUGUAUUGGAGGCCUCGGUCCCAUCAACUGGGACAAACGAAGAGGGUCGUGUUUUGGACGUCGAAGAGAGUUACUCUCAACAAAGAGGAGGAGGAGGUGGAGCAGGAACAGGAGGAGGAGGAGGAGCAGCAGGAGGCCAAGAGUGCGAAUCCUCCGGUUGUUCCUCCCCGGCAACUACCAGCGAGCCGGAUCUUCGAGACUCGCCUUCACCAUCCUCAAAUUCCAUUCGCGGUGCCAAAAGGCAGAGGAUCCUAUUCCUCUCGAAUCAAGAAAACGCGAGUUCCCUAUCAUCAUCAACCGGCCCCUAUCAUCAUCCCCAUCAUCACCAUCACCAUCACCAUCAUCACCAUCAUCAUCACCAUCGUGCGAAUACCACUUCCUCCUCGGCAUCUUCCUUAACAGGCCUUCAAGAGGCUGCCAGUUCCUCCGAGUGUGGUUCUCCGCCUACUCUUCUCAACAUUGACUCUUAUUUUCAACCUCAUCAUAACGAUAACAACAACACAGUUACGCAAAACAACAAUCACAGUAACAACGGUACCGGUAUCACCACCACGGCAACUACUACCGUACCGGCUAGUAAAAGAUCCAUGGAUGACGUUCUAAAGAGGCUAACCUGUAAGAUGAACAGCGAGUCUCUAUCCCUUCAAGACGAUGUCACGGAUAACAGGCGGAGUGCCACGCCUCCAACUGGACACAAUUCACAUAGCGGAAACGCCGGUAACGUGGCGAACAACGUGCCUCCUUCGCCCCCAGCUACAAGCAGGAUACAAAACACGGAAGGACAGGUUCAACAGGACGGUGCAGCGGCCCUUCAUAGGGUCCUCUGCGCCGAGAGCAUCGUUGAGAAAGAACGCAGGCUCUCCGAAAUGAUCCUGCAGCUGCAACUCCUCAGGGAACAACUGCUCCAGCAGCAGGACCAGAAGUCGUAUCCACCGCACAUGAGCGUAGACUCGCAAAAACAAAUGGAAAUGCAACGGAUGCAAACGGAACACUUGAAACGGCAACAAGAACACAUCAUGCAACAUAACAUACAAGAGCUGCAGGCACAAAUGACAAAGAAUCAGCUGAGCAUGUCGGGACCGCAAUCGUUGAUGUUCCUACCGUUUCUCGAACAACUCAGGCUACCGGUCCAGUCAACGAUGCCACCACCGCCGGCCACGUCGACCGCGCCCACUGGCAACAAGCAUAUCAACUCUAUAGCCAAUAUGAUUGGUAGCCACCGGGAAGGUCCGAGUUGGGCAACCGCACAUUUGGCGCAGAUGACGACGCAAAUGGAAAAAGAUUCGUCGCCUACGCCAAUAUCAUCGGCUGUUGCACCUACGGCUGCCCCUUUACAGGAUCUCGAUGCACCAUUGAACCUCACCAAACCGAAAUCCUCCUCGUCGGGGGCGACAGCGUCUUCCUCGUCGCCUGGUAGUGAUUCGCAUUCAACCGGUGCCGGAAGUAGUGGUCAACAGGAACAACCAUUGGCUGCGACAGCACCGAAACUUUUCCCUCCUGGUCUUCCAAUACCCAGGAAUUACCUAUCAACGUUACCCUACGCUGGUCUUCCACCACAUCUUAGCUCCCUACCUUCGCCUAUGGGUAAGGUAAUGUCCAAAGACGAAGCUGGUGGACCUGGAGGUUCCGCUGCAGCUGCGGCGGUUGCAGCCGUGGAAAAGCAUUUUGCGAUGCACGGAAUUUAUGGGUUACCACCAAGCGCGGGUGCUAUGCUACCCUCGCCUCAAACGCAACGACCAAUCAAACACCCUGGCUCUCGAGAGGAAACGCCGCAAGAGGAACAAGAUUUCCUCUCGUCUUCUCACAUGUGGCGAGAUCCCGGAUACAAGGUGCCGGAAGACAUAACGGAAAAAGCUAAAAUGGUGAGGCAGCAGAAAAGGGAGGGUGAGAACAAACCGCACAUAAAACGACCUAUGAACGCGUUCAUGGUAUGGGCCAAAGACGAGCGACGGAAAAUCCUCAAGGCUUGCCCUGACAUGCACAAUUCCAACAUAUCAAAGAUACUCGGUACUCGAUGGAAAUCGAUGUCGAAUUCGGAAAAGCAACCGUAUUACGAGGAACAAUCGCGAUUAUCGAAAUUGCAUAUGGAGAAACACCCGGAUUACAGAUACAGGCCGCGACCAAAACGGACGUGUAUAGUUGACGGGAAGAAGAUGCGCAUAUCCGAAUACAAAUCGUUGAUGCGACAACGACGGCAAGAAAUGAGACAACUUUGGUGUCGAGAAGGUGGCCCGGAGAUGGGCUUUCUAUCGCCGGUCGGUUCGGAGAUGAGCUCGCAACAUCACACAGGAGGAGGUGGUGGUGGUGGUGGUGGUGGCGGAGGAGCUGGUGGUGGUGGUGGAGCUGGUCCAUCGGCUAGACCUUCGGUUUCACCCCCAGCGACGAUGUUGAACGGCGGGGGUGGUGGUGGUGUUGGUGGUGGUGGUGGUGGUGGUGGUAGUGUUGGUGGUGGUGGUGGUGGUGGUGUCGGUGGUGCUGGCCCAAGCUCCGAUCACCCAUCAUUUUAUUACCCUCAGGACAGUCUUUCGCCUAGUGACAUGAUGAACUUCUCGCCGGAUAAUUCGGGCUCGAUCGGUGGCUACGACGCCAGUCCACGGCAUCACGACGAGGAUUGAAACGUAGCUGCUCCGGUUGGCCAAGCCCUUUGGCCGUCCGGAGCAACGGCGUUACCACCUUCAUCCUCGACCUCCACCAGCUCGUCCUCCUCGUCCUCGGCGUACCCAGCGGUUGCAGCCGCAGCUGCGGCUGCCGCGGCGGCGGUCGCAGCUUCGUCCACCACGUCAUCUUGCUCGCCCUCCUCCAGACUCGGCCACGAGUUGUAUUGGUAA